AUGAGCUUUGAGCGAGGGAGUGAAUGCGGGCCGAAUUCGAGGCAGUCCGCCCAGCUCCUUUCAAAUGGCACAGAGAAGCGGAAAGUGGUCCUACAUUCCCGGCAAGAGAAUCCAUCUAAAGGACCGAAGUCCAGCACUGUCAGAGCCCGUAGUGAGCUGUCCCGAAUCCCGUGCUCAGUGUCGUCCCAUCUCAGAUCAAACCUCAAGCAGCGCAGUAGGAAACCGGGCGCAUUGUCAUAUGAACCAAGCAAACAAGCUUCCAAGAUGACCGGCUCUCUGCAAAAACUUGGUAGAGACUACGCUUCCAUCGUCAAGGGCAUUGCCGAUCGGCUGGGAGAAAAGCAGCAGGUGAAAUAA